GAAGACGCGCAUGGACUAGGAAUGGAAUUUUGAUUUUUUUUUUUCUUCAUUCUGUGAAGCGAGAGAAAGGAUAAAAACCAGAAGGCUAUGACCGGGCCGGGAAAUAUUGGAGCGUCAGAGCAGAUUACUUUUUCCUUCUUUUAAAGUCACAAUGGCAAGCUCGAUGUCUUUUCAUGAGCUCUGCGAAGAGUUGGAAAAUCUGAGUUCGAUGCCAAGCAGGCCAAGAUAUGCAAGAUCGAAUGCUUUUAGAGACUUCAUCAACAAACUGAGAGUGAGAGUUGAAGAUGAUCCCCAGGAGAAAAAGGCCGGUUUAUUUCCAGUGGUUCGGCUUUUGAUGCCAGCCUUGGACAGAGAAAGAGGGGCUUAUGGCGUGAAAGAGGCUGUCUUGGCUAGGAAAUAUGUCAAGGUGCUUUGUUUGGCUGAGUCUGGGCCAGACGCACAGCAGCUUCUUCGUUAUCGAGAGCCAAGAGGUGGUGCUCGAGAUCUUGGAGGAGAUUUUGCAGGAAUUGCAUCUCACGUCCUCAAGAACUACCUUUCGUCCAAGCCGAGCUCUUUCACUGUCGGACAGAUCAACAAAAUUUUUGAUUCGUUGGCCAUAAAUAAUGCAGAAAAUAAACCACGACUGGUUGAUGAAUGUUUGGAAAAUUUGUUGAGAAACACAUCGGCCACUGAGCAAAAGUGGUUGAUUCGAAUGCUCUUGAAGUCCUGCCGGUUUGGUCUUGGUCGCCGAGCGAUUUUCUACGCCAUUCACCCAGAUGCAGAGAAACGUUUUGACUCAAGAAAUAGCCUCAAGGAUGUCUGUGAAACACUCAGGGAUCCGGCAAAACGGUUGAAUGAGAUAGAAAUCUGUCUUGGGUUAUCAUUCAGCCCAAUGUUGUCAGACAAAGUUGAUGUUGCUCGGUUGGCUUCCUUUUUUACUCCAGAGAGACAAGAGCUUUACGUUGAAACCAAAUUAGAUGGGGAGAGAGUCCAAAUUCACAAGGAUCCUCAGGGAAACUUUCGUUACUUUUCAAGAAAUGGAUUUGACUUCAGUUCUGCCUUUGGAACAAAUGAGAGGGGUGGCUCUUUAACCCAUCGUCUUGUCAAAGCUUUGCUUCCUUCAGCCACUUCAUUCAUCCUCGAUGGAGAAAUGAUGGCUUGGGACACUGCCAGAAAAAAUUUUAAACAGAAAGGACAAAACGUUGAUGUGAAGAGCCUUCCAAGUCAAGGUGCUGUGGUUGCGUGCUUUUGCGCUUUUGACGUUUUACUUUUCAAUGGCAAGGUGGUCACCAACAAACCAUUACAAGAACGGAUCCCUCUGUUGGAUUCAAUUUUCCGUGACACGCCUGAGGUCAUUCUGAAAACUCCGCGAUGGACUGUAAAAAACGAGUCGGAAAUAAGAGACUCCUUGAACCGCGCCAUCGAUAACAGGGAUGAGGGUAUAAUGUUGAAGGACCCAAACUCUGUCUACAAACCAAGCAAAGAGCGGAAAGGGGGUUGGUGGAAAAUUAAGCCAGAGUACAAUAAUGAGCUAAUGGAACAUUUGGAUGUAAUUGUCCUUGGUGGUUACUUCGGAGAAGGCAGACUGAGGGGUGGUUUGGUUAGUCAAUUUCUCCUGGGAGUUGCCAAGCCUCCUGCUGUGCCAGGUGGGGUUCCCUCCGAGUUCUACUCCUUUUCCCGAGUUGGCUCUGGUUAUUCCAAGGGAGAACUAAUGGACACAUUGGAGAGACUGAAAGACCUCUGGCAGGACGAGCAGCCACCUAACGUGUUUGUCACAAAAGAGAAACCUGAUGUAUGGAUUCUCCCUCAAAAAUCUUUAAUAGCAGAGAUUAAAGCAAGUGAGAUUGUGCCGAGCUCUGCUUACACUGCAAAUUUCACUUUGCGGUUCCCUCGAGUACAAAAAUUCAGACCAAAUUUAAUGUGGAGUGACUGCCUGAACUUAGACCAGUUGACGGAACUUCGAAAGAUUUCUGCUGGGAAGUUGGCAAAGCAUGUUACAAGCAGCACUGCUCCAGGCACCAAAAAGAGGAAAGCGGUUGCUAUGGCAGGACCAACUGUGGCUGCUCACUUCAGACCUGCGGAUCUUGCAGAUGUUCAAAGAGAAUCUUUCAAAUUUGAAGGCAAGGAGUUUUGCAUUUGGGGCUUGGAAAAGCAGAAACUAGAAAAACUUGUUGCUGCUCAUGGUGGGAAGGUCACCCAAAACGCAGGUCCCAAAACCUUUGCAAUUGUCACCGACAAUAAAGAUUCUGUUCGAGUGCAAAAUCUACUGAAAUCUUCCAAGGACGGGUAUCCUAAAUGGGAUGUUCUUCGAUCUUCGUGGUUGCAAGGAGCUGCCAAGGGAGAGCGACCGAUGAAACCAGAACCGUCGGACUAUUUUUUGGUCAGCAAGAAGAGCCACUCUUUGCUGAAAACUGCCUUUGAUGAAUUUGGGGACUCCUACACCUCCCCUGCCAGCCUCUCCAGUCUCAAAUUGGUCUUGGAAAGAGUGCCUUCAAGCAGACCAUUUGAACCUCAUCUCUUGGACCAGCUCGAAGAUGAACUUUUGGGUGCCUCACCUUAUCGUAGCAUCUUCAGACCGUGCAUUGCCUUUUUCUACCAAUACGAUGAAGAUGGGUCCAGAAACGAUUAUUACUGGAAAUUGGAGCCAGCAAGACUGGAAUUCAGACUUUACGGUGGGAGAUUGUCUAGAGAGUUUGACAGAAGUAUUGUCACACACAUCAUUGCAAGUCCUUUGACUAGCGGUGAAAAGGUCAACAAGCUCCAAAGCCAGUUGAGUGCAAGAAAUAUGUUCAGGAUAGUCACUCCUGACUGGAUCAAACAUUCAAGGAGUGCUGGAUAUUUAAUGGACGAGGACAACUACCAGAUCAACUGAAAGGUAGGGCUUGUUAACAUAAUUUAUUCAUUGCCAUGCAUUCCUUUACUGCCUUCUUGUCUCUUUUAAUUUCGACUCAAAGCCAUAUAUUUUGUUUAUUUUUUAUGUUCACAUUAUUUUGCUUAUCUAUAAAUAAAUUAAGAGAACUAUAUGAGUACAGAAAAUAUAAAUGUCAAAAUUAAAAGCAACCUGAAAGGUCAAUAACAUUAUUAAUUAAUAUAAAAAAAUCUCAUUAAAAUAGACAAAAUGGAAUUUAAAAAGGUUAAACAAUUUUUAUUAAAAAUAAUUUUAAAAAGGGAAAUAAACUAUUAUACAAAUUGAGAAGUUAGUUCAAAGGUGUCAAAGUCAUUUUGAACGGUUCAGGUGCAGUCGUGAAGCCUUUCAAAGUUAUGUCUGAUGGUUUCGGUCCAUAAGGUGGAUUUUCCACUUUAAAAUUUUGCACGAUCGAUGUGUAAAAUAUGAAAGCUGUAUUCCUUGCAAAAGGCUCUCCCAGGCACAAUCGUGUUCCUGGAAGAAAAAAACAGAGUAACCUUCUGCUGCCGCUCAGGUUGGGAUUAUUACCUGAGCCAAAGGGCAUCGUUCUAUCGUCUUUUUGGAACUUUCCGUCAGGACCAAUGAACCUUUCAGGGCGGAAAAUUUCCGGAUCUUCGAAAUGAACCUUGUCCAUGUUGACACUUCUUAGGUUAAUCAAAAUCAUGGUUCCCUACACAAAAAAGCUGAUAAUUUUGGCGUUGCUGAUUUUAUUUAAUUUACCUUUGGAAUUUUGUACCCUCGAAAAGUGGCGUCCUUGUUGCUUGUUCUCGGAGGAGUGGCAGGAGUCAAUCCAGAGUGGCGAAAAGUUUCUGCCAAAACAGCCGCGCAGUAGGGAAGACUUGACAAAUAAUUAAUUGAUGAUAAUAUUUUUGUUUAUUUGGAAUUACUUCGGAAUAUCUUCUGUUGAAGGCAGUCUGUCUUUUCCAACCACCUCAUGAAUCUCCUUGCGAACUUUAUCUUGAAUGUCAGGGUUUUUAAUGAGGUAACGAAGAGUGAAGGCAGUAGUGCUAGCAGUGGUUUCUGUACCCGCCAGGAAGAGGUCAUUGCAUAAUGCUAUUAGCUGGUGUUC